ACAUCAGCAACGAGUUGCGGUCGGAGUGGUGUUUUCCCGUAUUUCAAACAACUAGAAUGUUCCAUUAGAGUCGAUUUAAUGGCUGGCCCUAAUCCUGAGCUGCGACGCCAGGUCAUCGCCAUCUACAAAGAGCUGCUCUACCUUGGCCGUGAAUACCCCCUUGGGUUUGGGUACUUUCGACCUCGUUUGCACAAGGCAUUCAUGGCCAAAGCCGAGGAACGAGACGAGGAAAAGAUCAAAUACGGCAUCAAGCACGCCGAGUACGUAAAGAAGGAUAUUAUCUGAAGCGAUACAGAACGUUGCGCAAGCGAUAUAAUCCCAACACAUAGGGGUUGCCUCAAGAUGGAACAUACUGGACUGUAAGGUAUUGAUGAAGAAGUAACUGUAAGAUAAAUGGUCUGGAUAUAUGAAAGAUUUCAAAUAUAUCGGUAUCUCGUAAUAUGCAUAUGUAACUAACCCGCCUG